AAAGGUCGGGGGAAACAGGUGAAAAUGUAGAAACACACUUGAAAAUCAUUCAUUUGAUCAUGAUGGAAGAACAUCAAAGGCUGAUUAACAAUGCAGAUGAUGAAUCUUUACAUGAAUCAGAAGAAAUUGUAUAUGAAGAUGCUAUCAAGCAGACAGGCUAUGGCAGGUUUCACUGGUUGGUCCUCUUUCUUUGUGGGUGGGCUGUAUCAAGUGAUGCCAUUGAAGUCCUCUCUGUGUCCUUCAUGCUGCCCUCAGCAGAAAAAGACCUCAAAAUGUCCUCAGAGGACAAAGGGUGGCUUAAUGCUAUUAUUUUUGUUGGUAUGAUGAUAGGGGGCUACUUCUGGGGCUCGCUGGCGGAUCACCACGGUCGUCGUACGAUUUUGUUAGGCUCGCUGACUGUGAAUGGACUCGGGGGACUUGUCUCCAGCACAUCUCAGGUCUUCUGGUUAUUCCUGUUAGCCAGAUUCAUUAGCGGUAUAGGGGUAGGUGGAAGCAUACCUGUGAUAUUUUCAUACUUCACUGAAUUCCAACCAAAAGACCGACGAGGAAGAAUGAUCAGUGCCUUAGCCACAUUCUGGAUGUUUGGCAACAUCAUUGCUGCUGGAUUGGCAUGGUCAGUUAUUCCACUAGAUAUAGGGUACACCAGUCCUAGCUUUAAGUACAAUAGCUGGCGGAUAUUUGUCGCCCUGUGCACCAUUCCUAGUCUUUCUUCUGCUGUGUUCUUCAUCUUCAUGCCUGAAAGUCCAAAGUUCCUACUCACUGUUGGAGAGGACAAGAAAGCUUUAGCUAUACUAAAGUUUAUACACAAGAAAAAUAAUCCAAUGUCAUCACCAUAUCAGGUAACCUCGGUUGUAUUAGAUCGAGACUACAAACCAGCGCAUACCUCUAGCAGCCAUUCUACAGGCUGUUCUGCAGGAAUGUCUAAAAACCUCAAAAGUCUAAUGUCUACCUCAGGUGAGCUGUUUAGGCCUCCACUGCUCCGACUAUCUGUCAUUAUGCUCAUCAUUAACUUCUCCUUGAGUUUUGGCUACUAUGGCUUGUGGAUGUGGUUUCCUGAAUUGUUCAGUCGGGUGGAGAAGUAUGGGGGAUCUCCAUGUGAUCAUCAUGUGACAGCUCUUAAUAAAACCGUUAAUGCUUCCACGGAUUUCCUGGAAUCAGAGUGGAUUUAUUUCUCUGGAUUUAUGACUGCCGUCUCCAAUCUGCCAGGGAAUCUCCUGACCAUCUUUCUCAUGGAUCAGCUGGGGAGAAAAUUCCUUUUAGCCAGUAGUAUGGUGAGUUCUGGAGUGAGUGUGUUCUUUAUUCCACUUGUCAGAAAUAAAUGGGAGAAUCUGGGAAUCUCCUGUCUAUUUGGAGCUGUGUCAACCAUAGGCUGGAACUCCCUAGAUGUACUGUCCACAGAACUGUUCCCAACUAAUGUGAGGUCUACAGCAAUGGGUAUACAGACAGGUAUAGGUAGACUGGCGGCCAUUUUUGGGAAUGUGAUCUUUGGUGAGCUGGUUGAUGUGCACUGCUCUGUUCCUAUGAUUAUGGUGUCUGCGUUACUGGUAUUUGGAGGGCUGUCCUCUAUUCGCCUCCCCAGCACUGUUAGGGUGGACAUUCACUGAAACUGUUAUCUUAUGUGUCUGUGUGUAUAUGUACUUUUCUUUUUUUUUUUUUUGGUUUGUACAAAGGGAUGCCUUUCUUUUGCUCAAAACUUUGCAAUUCUGUAAAUUGAUUUUAAUUUAAAAGAAUGUUUUACUAGUAUGUGUGAAUUAUAAUUAUGAAAAUGGAUAAAAAAAUAU